AUGGCUGAUCCCAACAACUAUACCAUCGGCUGGAUCUGCGCCAUAGAGGCAGAAUAUAUCGCCGCACAAGAAUUCCUAGACGACGAGCACGAACCGCCGAAUUCCGUUUCACCAAACGACACCAAUGACUAUACAUUGGGUACAAUGGGGAAGCACAACGUCGUAAUCGCUGUGUUGCCUGAUGGUGAAUAUGGGCUAUCUUCCGCAGCUAUUGUUGCCACGAACAUGCUACAUAGCUUUCCUAAUGUUAGGAUAGGCUUGAUGGUCGGCAUCGGCGGCGGUGCGCCAAGUGAGAGGCACGACAUUCGCCUCGGCGAUAUCGUAGUCAGCGCACCUCGUGACGGGGAGAGCGGGGUGUUCCAGUAUGACUUUGGCAGGACGAUCCAAGAUCAGGCCUUUCAACACACGCGAUUUUUGAACCAGCCCCCGACAGCUCUGCGAACGGCAUUGACCGGGAUCCGGGCCCAGUACAAGAGGAAAGGACAUCAAAUUGAAGAGGCUAUCAAUGCUGCUCUGGGAAAGAAUCCGAGGCUACGACGGGAUUACGGACGGCCGCAUCCAGAUACUGACAGACUAUUUAAUGCCCGAGUUACUCACGACUCGAGAGGCUGCGCCGCAUUCUGUGCCAGUGAGCCAUCCUGCUUAGUGCCACGGCACGAGCGUACCGAACACGAGGAUAAUCUGGCAAUUCACUAUGGCUUAAUUGCUUCAGCAAACCAGUUGAUGAAGGACGCCCUAGUUCGAGAUAGGCUGGCAACAGAAAAGGACGUUUUAUGUUUUGAAAUGGAAGCAGCAGGGCUCAUGAAUCACUUUCCAUGUCUUGUUAUUCGGGGCAUAUGCGACUACUCAGACUCGCAUAAGAACAAGGACUGGCAAGGGUAUGCCGCAAUGGCGGCCGCUGCAUUUGCGAAAGACCUUCUUGGUCGAAUCGCUCCAAAUAAAGUUGAAGCUGAGGGGAAGAUUUGUGACGUCCUAUCUGGCAUACAUAAGACUGUAGAAGAAAGCCGAGACAUUGCAAUGGAGGGGCUCCAGGUCCACAAAGAUCUCGCCAAAGAGAGAAUGACCGAAAAGGAAGAAAAGUGCCACCAGCUAUUCUACAGCCAAACUGGAACCCCAUACGAGUGGUACAAGGAUCGAGUGGCAGAGAGAGUUGACGGCACGUGCAUGUGGUUCCUUGAGCAUGAGAACUUUCAGAAGUGGUUAAAACAGGAGUCCGGUCCUCUGCUCGUCUCGGCGGACCCUGGCUGUGGGAAAUCGGUGUUGGCCAAGUACCUGAUCGAUCGGUACCUCGCCGAUCAGUACUCGCCGCAGCCGGCAACCAUCUGCUACUUUUUCUUUAAAGAUUCGGACCAGAACACCGUUCGCCAGGCGCUUCGUGCCCUGCUCCACCAAUUGUUCUCUCAGAAGCCGUCUCUCAUCAAACAUGCUUUGUCCUAUCUCAAGGGGCAUGGAGACGGCCUGAUUCAGUCCACGAGAUCGCUCUGGGCGAUUCUAAGGGAUGCCACAUGUGAUCCCCAAGCAGGGCCUGUCACCAUAGUACUGGAUGCCCUGGAUGAAUGUGCUGAAUCAGAAUUGCCAGACCUAGUGUGUAAUGUGGAGAGCCAAUUCUGCACCGACCAGGUUGGCCAUAACAAGUUAAAGUAUCUUCUGACAUGCCGCCCGUAUCAGCAGAUCGUGUCCAAGUUUUACGGCCUGUUGGCAACCUUUCCAAAUAUCCGUAUACCAGGGGAAGAAGAGUCGGAGACUAUUAGUCAGGAGGUGAACCGCGUUAUUAAGCACCGGAUCGAUAAACUACCGACCAGGGACGAGACUAACGUCCAAGCAGAAGGCCUUACACCCAGACUCAAAAGACACCUAGAGAAAAGACUACAGGAGAAUACGCACCGCACCUAUCUCUGGGUAUACCUUGUAUUCGACUACCUGGAGAAUGAAGACUUCAAGAGGACACCAAAGGGGGUCAACUCUGCGCUUGAAACACUUCCAAGAAAUAUCAAUGAGGCAAUCUAUUGGCUGUGGGAUAGCCAACGGGAAUUUACGAGUCUUGGGCUAGCGUCCUAUCUUGGACAUGAUGCCGUGGUCAAGGAGCUGCUUAAGAAUGGCGCCGAUGUCAACGAGAAGGGUAAGUACGGUGAGACACCGCUAGGGAUAGCGAUAACACAAGGGUAUGUAUCGACCGCCGAGCGGUUGAUCGUGGCAGGCGCCGAUGUCAACGUGAAAGGCGCCGAUGUCAACGUGAAAGGCGCCAAUGUGAACGACGAUAUUCAGAUUGUUGUAAAACGCUUAGAGGAGGCGUGUCGCUACGUUCUACUUGUCAAGUCUCAUCCGCUCCUCGUUUCCGGCAUUCUUGCCUUGUGCACCACCCUCUGCCAUGCUGCGGAUGACAUCAAGACGCUCCGCGUGCCUGAUGGUCCUGGCCCAGCAGCGCCUGUUGUCGGUGGAUCCUUUGUCUCGUACUCGAUCGAGUUUGCCAACUUUCACGACUUCGUGGGCAAUGCUUCGCAUCCAAACGACCUCACUCUCCGCUUAGUGCAGAAUCUCGCCAACGUGGCAGGCUCCUACCCUCGUAUCCGCAUCGGUGGAUCGACCGCCAACCGCGCCACCUACGUGCCGGAUCAAGAGCAGGCCAUCCUCUUGAACUUUACGACGCCGGGCGCCGAUCAACCCACGUCGCUUACGUGGGGCCCUUCCUGGCUCCGAGGAUUCGACGUUCUCCCGUCCAAGGUCAAGUAUACUCUUGGCCUGCCCUUUAACUCUGGCGCGGCCGGGGAGGAGAAUACUUUGGCUUCGGCAAAGGCGGCGUACGGGGGUUUGCAAGACAAGCUUUACGCUUUCCAGAUUGGCAAUGAGUUUGAUGUGUUUCCGGUUGACCGGGAGAAUCAGCCGUGGAACAUAGCGAUAUGGGCCAAGCAAUGGCUCGAGCGGAGCGAAGCCGUGAUGGACAUGCUUUCGAGCUCAUUCAACCGCGGACGAGAUCCCAUCUUCCAAACUGGAGUAUUUGUUCCUCCUGGAUCCAUCACGAGUGAUACCAGUUGGACCCCGCAGGCCGCCAUUGAGAAUGGCGUCACUUCCCAGGGGACGGUCAACAGUUUCUCUAUUCACCAGUGCCAAGGGCUGGCUGGAGUGUCUGAUGUCUUUGGAUCGGCGCUUUGGGCCGUCGACUACGCUCUCUACGCCGCAUCCCUGAACGUCAGCUCUCUCCAUUUCCACAUGGGCACCGGCUACCGGUACUCUGCCUGGCAGCCUAGGCUCAACGGCACCACCCUUCCCGGCCCCCGGCCCUUGUACUACGGCCAUCUCGUGGCCGCCGAAGCCCUUGCUGGCGGCAACAAGCAGGUCAAAAUCCUGGCCAGCGAGCCCUCCUUCUCCGCCUACGGCAUCUACACGAACGGCGAUGCGCAGAAGCUCAGACACAUCGUGCUGGUUGACCUUCGCGAGCACCUCUCGUCCGCCACGGCCCGCCCGACGACUCGGAUCCGAACUGACAUUGAGUGGGCUGGUCAGCGGGUGAGUGACGAGGGCAACGUAGAAGGCGAAGUCGUCUUGGAAACGGUCAAGGGUGGCGACGUUGAGCUUGCGGCGGGUGAGGUCGUUAUGCUCUCGUUUACGCCGAGGUGCAAGAGCGGACACACGCGUUCAUGA